CCGGGGCCGGGGCCGGGGCCGGGGCCGCGCCGGGCAGCGCCGGGCAGCGCCGCGGCGUCUCUGCAGAAUUUGGACUGCUGUCAUCCAGUGCAGAAUAACUGAGAGAGCGUGGCUGAGACUGUUGAUCAAAUUCUGUAUACUUGACAAAGAACUGUCAGGAUGGGAAAUAGUGCAUUGAAAGCCCACUUGGAGACAGCACAGAAAACUGGUGUUUUUCAGCUAACAGGAAAGGGACUUACAGAGUUUCCUGAAGAUCUGCAGAAGUUAACAAGCAACCUAAGGACAAUAGACUUGUCAAACAAUAAAAUGGAGAUCUUACCGCCACUGAUAGGAAAAUUUUCCUUUCUGAAGAGCCUUGUUCUAAACAACAACAAACUGACUGCUUUACCUGAAGAGCUGUGUAAACUGAAAAAACUGGAAACACUGCACUUGAAUGGCAAUCACUUGAGGCAGCUACCGGCUGCGUUUGGACAACUUUCGGCUCUCAAAACCCUCAGCCUUUCUGGAAACCAACUUCGGACUGUGCCCACACAACUGUGUGCUCUUCGUCACUUGGAUGUGGUAGAUCUUUCCAAAAACCAGAUCCAAAAUGUGCCUGACACUGUGGGAGAAUUGCAGGCUAUUGAACUCAAUUUGAAUCAGAACCAGAUAUCCCAGAUCUCAGUGCAGAUCUCCCACUGUCCACGGCUCAAAGUCUUGCGUUUAGAAGAAAACUGUCUAGAACUCAGCAUGCUUCCUCAGAGUAUCCUCAGUGAUUCUCAGAUCUCACUGCUAGCAGUAGAAGGCAAUCUCUUUGAAAUCAAGAAACUCAGAGAACUGGAGGGUUACGACAAGUACAUGGAGCGGUUUACAGCUACAAAGAAGAAGUUUGCCUGAUCGUUAUUAUGAGCCUGUGUAUCCCUGGAAAGAAGAGUUAGUGACUGAAGCGCCUGCUUCAGAGACUUAAACCAAGACCAAUGAAGGAGAUGGAUCAUACUGUCCUCUCUACAUAGUCUGCUAAGCUAAGGCAACAUCAAAUAAACUUGAAGUAGAGAACAUAGGUAUUGAACUGAUGAACCUGCCCAGGGGCUGGUUUAGAUUUCUUACCAUUAUAGCUUUUAACACACUACUCAUUCUCCUUUGUCAGAACUCUAACCAAAAAGAAAAGAAAAAAAAAAAAAAGAGAGAAUGAGUGUUUUGAAGUUGCCAGCUCCUCUUUGUGAGGAAGCUUAUUGCUUUGUAAGAGGAUUACUUCUGGAAACAUUUUUUCUAUGCUAGUGCACUGAAGUUCUGCUACCAAAGCAGAUCCAAAACGUUGUCAUAUGUCUUGCUGUCAGCACGUUACAGAGAAGAGCUUUCAAAGAUGUUAUAGUUCUUAACCUGUGUAAGACUUUAUGAAGCACAAAUAGUUAUGGCUGUUUCAUUAACUGCUUCUAGUAAACAAAUCAUGUUUUUAGCAUCCAUCAUUAUUCACACUGUACUUUACAGGCUUUCUUUCCCCAUAAGCAAGAAUUGCACUACAACCCCCCUUCUGCCUGAACUGUAUCUAAUAAAAAAUAGGUUUCACCUUCACUGUAUUCCAUAAAAAUGUAUUUUGCUGGAGAAGAUAAAAUCAUUGCACUGA